UUGUCAUGUUUUGGGAUUCCAUUUCAAUGCUACGAGCAUUGAAUGGUCUGGAUUCAUGGGACCAUAAUAAAAGCAAUAACCCAAACCAAUCCAGGCCAUCAAAUGCUCGUAGCAUUUAAUGCUACAUAGCAUGGAAAAUUUUCCCAUGUUUUGAUGAAGAUGUGCAUGCACAUUUUCUCACUAAGAUGACCAUGUUAAGAUGAAGAUGGUGUUUGAGAUCAUUUAGGAUCUUAAAGAGAUUAAUCCCAUUAACUAUCCAAGAGAGUCUGUAAUAGGGAUGGUCGUUCAUGCAGGUUGGAUUAGGAACAAGCAAACCAUUAGAUUUUGGGGAACCUUAGUCAUUGAGAGUUUGAAGUAUAUUGUCUGCUUCUUAGAACUGCCAAUAAAUGAAAGUAUCGGUAGAGAAACUGGCCCUAAAAUACAUACUAGUAAGUUCAAACCCACACAUAGACAAAUGAUUAUGCUUCCAUUUGGCAAUUCAGAUCUUUCCUUGAUGGUUGGUUUAAAGGAAGCAUUACAUGUAAACUUUUGACGUUCAAAUCUGUGUAUCCUGUCAAAUAUACCCUGAAGUUAUGACUUCUUAGUUUCAUCAACCAACUGGCUUAGUACUUGUGAUGCAUGUGUUUAAUGAUAUUUUAAAAAAGUUAGCAUAUAUUAUGGUAAAUUCCUAUUUGAUAAGAUAAAUGUGUACCAUUUACAUGCUGGAAAUUAAAAAAAAAAAAAUUUCAGUAAAUUUUUACAUAAAAAAUUUAUUGUGCAAUUGUGCAUACAUUGAUUUAGUAUACAUAUAUUUUGUAUACAUUGCUUUUGCAGUUUUUGGAAGGCAUUGUAUGCAAUCGAUUGCUCAAUUUAUCAACUUUCCAGUGGGUGUUUCUAGAUGAAAAUUUCUUAUAAGUUGUGUUGUCUUUGUCCUACUUAAUCGGAAGCUUCUUUUGUCAAACGUAUUUCCUCUUUUAAAAUCUAUAGCCUCCAAUCAAUUCCCACAAUGCAACCUGACAAAAAUAUUUUCUACCACUGUGCCAAAUUCAAUAAUUAGCAUGUCAUCUGGCCCUUAUGGUGGUGAAAAGUCAUACUUGUAGGGUUUAAAGGAAAGAAGAUGCGGUCGGAAUUUAAUCUCUCCUGAUUAUUAUAUAUGAGUUUGAAGUCAUUUGAUCAAGUAUUCAAAUAUAUGAUGAGUUGUUCUCCAUCAAAUUUUAUCUCAUCAUUUUUAAACAUCUCACAUCUAUUACGUCACAGUACCACUAAAUUCGGAAUUGAAUUUACCUUUGAAGUUUUCAGCAUCACCUGAUCCAUCGUAGAAAGUCAGAGAUCUCAAAUUAAUUUUUACAGGUCUUUAGACUUCAGAUGAAGUGUAUCAAUGUGAGGUUUGUCACACGUGAUUUGAUUAAAAUUGCAAAUUUUUACACUAAAAUGGUGAAUAAUGAAAGAAAGGGUCUCAAAUUUAUUCAUACGUGAUUGCAAAUGAUAUUUUGUUCUUAUUUGAUAUAGUGACAUGUGGAAAAAAACUAAUACAUGUCCUUACAUCAUUGGCAUGGGACGCCAUGUGGCGGUGAACCUGUGCCGUGCAAGUCCUUCUCCCAAACAUGGCAUUCGGAGUGCCCCAACUAUCAUGAUUUUCAUCGUCGGUGAGAGAAAGGACACGAUAAUUGGUGCUGCGCCUAAAAUCACAUUAACUAGCACCAUAGAGAAAUUUUUGUAGAGCUGGAUACGGAAACCCUUUGCAAGAUUUCUGUUUGUAGUAUUCUUUUCCUGUUGUUUUUCUUGUGAUGGUUACUACUUGAUUAGUUUGUCAAAUUCAGAAGCUUAUUUUAUCGCCUUUUUUGUUGAUUAUAUUAUGUGUGUUGAUCAUCUGUGUUAGUAUGCAUCUCAAACUUCUCCAAUAAUGUAGCCUCGCAGAAAAAUUCUUACCCCACUAAAGUAGUAGAGAUUUUAGAUGGUCAACUUCUGCAACUCUGAAAAUCUUCCACAUAGGACCCUACUCUGACCCGGGUACUGCCUUUAUAAGUUGCUUUUUUCAUAUUUUCUACAAAUCUAGAACUUUUUGAACUUGACUUUUCUUUUGAAUCUAGAAGCUAAAACUGAACAGAGACCGUUGAGUCAUUGCUUAUACUGACGUUGAUGUCUUUGAUCCGAAGACCAAGACUGUUUCUCUUGUAUAUAUAGAUUCAAUCAAACUGAGGACUUGAUUCCUAUUGGCAGCUGAAUUAUAAAGAGGAAAUGGGGUGGAAGUUACUAGUUGGUUUAUUCUCAAAUAUAAGAAACAGAAAAGAAUGUCUAUAUGAAUAUGGAAACAACACCAACAUAUUGCUCUCUGUUCUUUAAUUUCAUUUCCAUCAGCUAUUUUGAGAACUAUUUAUCCUAUUGCAGUCAUUUUGUCGUUCAUUUGAAAGUCUAUAAAACUACAAAUAUUAAUGUCAUUUAAAUGAACUAAAAUCAGGAGUGUUUUCUAUGUAUCCCUAACAUAGUGUGCCCGAUUCUAAUAGAAACACGAGGAACCCUUUUAAUUUUUCUAUUAGAGUUGGAGAGGUUGUGUCUGGCACACCAAGCACGUUUUGCUAAAUAGAUUGUGCACAAAACUAGAUCGUUCCUUUUAUCAAAUAGUAGCAUGUAUGGUUUAAGAAAGGAACAUGCAUUAUUACUUUGUUUUUUCUUUUAUUUGUAUUCAAUCGAUUUUCUAAUCUAAUAUAUACUAUGGGAAGGGGGAUUCGAACUUGGGUGUAGAGGGGGAAGCAUAUUGUCGUAGCCAACUGUGACUACGGCCAAGUCUUCUAUUACUUUGUUUGCUUUGAGUAUGCUGAAAGUAGUCAAAUGAGUCGUAUGUAAAGUUAUUAAG